AAAAAAUCUGACAAAACCCAGUUAUCUUAUCUCUAUCUUAUCCAAUCAAGACAUCAAAUGAUCAUAUAUUUGUCACUCUACAACAGCAACUCCAUAUAACACACAAAAUUAACUCAACAAUAGUUUUUUGUUAUUCUUGUGAAGAAUUACACAAUGUCGGAAAAGGAUCUUAACACGAUGAGGAGGAGAGUGGCAUUGGUAGCAAAUCAUCUUUUGCCUGCUGCUUCUUCUUCGGCUCAACAUGCUGUUUCUUCAAUUGGGUGUAGCUCUUCCAUUAAUGAUAAUUACCACAGAGUUCAUGGUGAAGUCCCAACCCACGAACCUGUUUGGAGACUCAUUCCUUCUGAAGAGAAUGGAAAGGAUUUUACUGAUAUCAUUUACGAGAAAGCUGUUGCUGAACCCAUUGCUAAGAUAACAAUCAAUAGACCGGAAAGGAGAAAUGCUUUUCGACCACAUACCAUUAAGGAGCUUAUUCGUGCAUUUAACGAUGCCAGGGAUGACGGUUCUGUGGGAGUCAUCAUACUCACCGGAAAGGGUACAAAGGCAUUUUGUAGCGGUGGUGAUCAGGCAUUGAGAAGUAAGGAUGGUUAUGCCGAUUUUGAAAGUUUUGGUCGCCUCAAUGUUCUAGAUUUACAGGUGCAAAUUCGCCGUCUUCCAAAACCAGUAAUCGCAAUGGUUGCAGGUUAUGCUGUUGGAGGCGGACACAUCUUGCAUAUGGUUUGCGAUCUAACAAUUGCAGCAGAUAAUGCUAUAUUUGGUCAGACAGGCCCAAAGGUAGGAAGUUUUGAUGCUGGUUAUGGAAGUUCAAUUAUGUCUCGUUUGGUUGGGCCGAAAAAAGCUCGUGAAAUGUGGUUUUUGACAAGGUUCUACACAGCCUCUGAAGCAGAGAAAAUGGGACUUGUGAAUGCUGUUGUUCCAUUAGAUAAGUUGGAACAAGAAACAAUAAAAUGGUGUAGAGAGAUCUUAAGAAAUAGUCCUACAGCAAUACGGGUGCUAAAAUCGGCUCUCAAUGCAGUUGAUGAUGGACAUGCUGGACUUCAGGGGCUUGGGGGAGAUGCCACUCUUCUAUUUUAUGGAACUGAAGAAGGCAGCGAAGGCAAAAAUGCAUAUAAUGAACGUAGACGACCAGAUUUCUCAAAGUUUCCCCGGCUGCCUUGAGUUUCCACUGUUCUUGUAAUCUGUUAGUACAUUCCUUAUGAUGAUGUACUAAUUACGCCAUUCUAAUAAAAUUUUCUUUUUAUUUGCGGAUUCAUGUAACCAAUCUCAGCUUACUCGGGAUUGAGGUGUAGUUUGUCAUAUAGGAAUGCCGAUUCGAUUGGAGACCCACGCAGUUUGUGACUGACAAAUGAAUUUUGGACUCA